AUGAACAGGUACAAUAUAAACAAAGUUUUUCUUUCAAACUUGAAACAUAACUUUAUAAAAAUCCAAAAACAAUAUGGUGGUACCUCACUACUAACAAAAAUAGGGCAAUCCUUUAAUCAAGAGAAUAUAAAAAAUAUGAAAACGAAACUGAGUAAUUAUCAAAAAGGUUCAUUAAAUAUUUUAUCUAAUGAAAAUAAUGUAUUUAAAAAUUUUAUAGAUAUAUUUAAAAAUACAAAUAUUAAGGAUAAGUUAAAAUUAGGAGAUGAUACUGAAAAAAAAGAAAAAGAAUUUUUUGAUUAUUAUGUAAAAUGUUUAAUGAAAUAUGAAGGUAUUUUUACUUAUAGAAAAUUUAAAUCUUUUUUAAAAGACUUAUGUGAUUAUUUUAAAAUUUAUAGUGUUACAUAUAAAUAUAAAAAAAAUAUGAAUCCACAACUUGAAAAAUUAAAAAAACAAUAUGAAGUCUUAAAUUCAUUUUUACCACAUGAAUUAGAUUCUGAUGAUUAUAAAAUUUUCCAUUCAGAAAGUAAAAAAUAUUUAGCACAAUCAGCUAAUGUUGAUUUAAAUUUUAUUAAUGAACUACUUCUAUUUCAUGACUCAUUAAAAACAGAUAGAACCUGGUUUUAUCGAAGAAUUGUAUUAAAAAGGAAUCUCCCAGAAAGUUUUGAAGAAAGAGAAAUCGAAGCACCAUAUGAUAGACCCGUAAUGAAAACUUUUAAUUAUGGAAUUAAAGAGUCUUCUUUAGAAUAUGAACAUUAUAUGAAUCAAAAUGGAAGAAAAUUAAAAUUUAAAAAAUGGAUUUCAAAAAAACAUCCUUGGUUUAGAAAAAAUACAUCAGGAAAAAAUAGAUGGGCUACCAGACCAUACACUAAAAAAUUCCCAUACUUAUAUUAUUCUGGUAUACCCAAUAACAUGUAUCUGUCUAAAAACAAACCCAGAAUUAAAAGGUAG